AGCUCUUUACUGCAAUGACUAUGGUACCCCCUCUUCUCCUUCCUUUUUUCUCUCCACCAUCUCUUCCUUAUCAUCUCAAGAAUCAAGACUCAUAAAAGCUCAUCUCAUACUCAUCAUAACCUAAAACCAAAAUCUCAAAGAGUUAAAAAAAAUAUUGAAGUAUAUAUCAGAUCUUGAUAUCAUGGAUCCUGUUUACGGCUUUAUAGGCACAUCAAACAUCCCACACAACACAAACCUUAUGAUCGCUGCCGCAGCAGCCACCACCACCACUACCACCUCCUCCUCCUCGUCUUCCUCCGGCGGCUCAGCGACGAACCAGCUGAGUAGGUACGAGAAUCAGAAGAGAAGAGAUUGGAACACUUUCGGACAAUAUCUACGCAACCAUCGUCCGCCACUUUCCCUCUCCCGUUGCAGUGGUGCUCAUGUACUUGAGUUCCUCAGGUACCUCGACCAAUUUGGCAAGACCAAGGUUCACAUGCAACUAUGUCCGUUCUUUGGACAUCCAAACCCACCAGCACCAUGUACCUGUCCACUCAGACAAGCGUGGGGCAGCCUCGACGCACUCAUUGGCCGGCUUCGAGCCGCUUUUGAAGAGAACGGUGGCUCAGCAGAGACUAACCCUUUUGGUGCACGAGCCGUUCGACUCUACCUAAGGGAAGUGCGAGACUCGCAGGCUAAAGCGCGUGGGAUCAGCUACGAAAAGAAGAAGAGGAAGCGACCUCCGCAGGCGCCGCUCCCGCUACCACCACCUCAGCCGAUGAUUUCGAGUAGCCCUAAUUUGCAAUAAGUCAUAUCAGUAAGAUAUGUUUCAGUCAACUACGUUUCCUUACAGCUUUAUAUAGUAUUUGUCAAUGACGAUCGAACAUGCACUAGUUAUCUAAAAGCUGCACGUCUUUCUUCGUACUCUUUUUAUUUGGCAAGCUAAAGAAUUUUAUGUUGUAUUGAAAUAAUGAUUUUUCGUUCGGCCUCGCAUAAAAUAUGUUUUAGUAUUUAUUAUAUUCAAUACAUACACCAUUAUUUCUA